UUGUUGGUAAGAGAUUGGCUUUUCUAUUAUAUGGGAUAAUAGAACCCUAGUUUUUAUAAUCUAUUGUGAACACUCUAUUUAGAUACAUUUCUACUUGCAAACAAAAAAUCUUAAACUACAUUUCCAUCCAAAAUCAUUCAAUCAUCAAUUCAUCACACACAAUUUGGGAUUUCCAGGAGAAAAUUCCGCGCAAAUUGAACUUUUCGACGAGCUCAGAAAUUCGUAUCUUCCAUAAAUUGAAGGUUUGUUUCGAAGUUUGAAAAUGCUGCCACCACGAAUAAAAAAGAGUUUCAUAGAAAAUCCGAAGAAACUUGCGAAUUUGAUUGACCUAGUAAAUCUUCCAUCAACAUUGCGAGAUUUUGUGGGUCAAUCUCAGAUUUCUCGAUUGGGAUGUUUCAUGCGUGUUUGGUCUUACAUCAAAACAAAUAAUCUUCAGGAUCCACAAAACAAAAAUAUUGUCAAUUGUGAUGACAAGUUGAAAAGUAUUUUGCUCGGAAAAUCAAAGGUGGAUCUAGCUGAGCUUCCUGCGUUGAUAAAAUUGCAUUUCCCAAAGGAGCCGAAGUGAUGUGCACCCUCAAGUCAAGAUGAGGAGGAAGAAGCUGAUGGAUGCUGCUUCCAUGUCUACUCGUGAAUGACCCAAUGCUAAGAGUGAUGACGUUAAUAGUCUACAUAGUUAUCAACUAAUUUUGAGGACAUUGCUUAUAGAGAUGUUAAAUGGUAGCUUUGUACACCUAUGUUAUAUGUACCAUGAGGGAGUAAUGUUGAACCCCCUCCAGAAUUCAUAAUCGAUCCCUGGAAUUGGAAUCCGAGGCACUUUCCUUAACUCUGUUGAAAGUAUUGCUCCCUUGAGUGUUUUUUUCCAAAAGGCUAAGGGAAGGCUGAAAGGGACCAGGCUCACCAGAAGGUGAUUGAUGAUAUUAUGGAGCCGCGAACCACUAGAUUGUUUUUUUGGCGACGGAGCGCGAACCCGUAGAUACAAAGACGUAUGCCUGUCAUCACAAUUGUGCGUAUUGAGCCAGGGAAAUGGUCCUUUAGGCCCGUUGUCCAUGUUAAAUGCCAAGUGGAUUCUACAUGAAAACAUUAUUCAAUUAAUGUUCAAUUCACUUUUCGCAAUUAUUAAUUCGGUUCGCAAUAAAAUGUCAUAUGUUAUGCAUA